AUGGACAAGACUCAUUUUGUGCAGGAGCUUAUUGAAGAGAAUGGGCUUAAGAAUAAUCCGGAGAUUGGACCGGUUUGAGAAGUGAUGUUUGAUGCCAUGAUCAAGAAAACACAGGAAGUGGUCUUUGAAGCGAAGAAACUAAUGAAACAUUCGAGAAGAAGGAACCUUACCCCUAAAGAUAUUGAGAACGCUCUUAAUUUUUACUAUCUCGGACAGAACGGAACUGAAGAGGACCAAAGGGAAGAAUUUACUUCGGGUAAAGCUCAUAGAGAUAACCCAAUAAAUAGUAAAAUAAAGAUAGAAUGGGUGAACUUAUCGGAUCCUAAAAGAGUAAAAGCUGAUGGGUGUCCUGAGGGUGUCCAUUCUGAAGCUUGCUAUGAAAAUGGCCCUGUAAAACUUGACACUGAGAAAAGAUUCUUGUACGAUUGGUUCAAGGACAGAAACAACAUGGAAGGAAUAAAGCCCGAAGAAUCAAAGGAUAUGAUUAUUCCUUUCCCUAAUGUUGAUGAUGCCAAUGAUAUUUCUUUGACAAUACUGAAGUUUAUAAAACUCAGAAUUAAGAGUGAAUCUUAUCAUUUGCUUCAGAUAAUGGGCAUGGCUCUCAGACUUUCAAAUCAAAUAAUUGAUUAUUGUGAGAAAGUUCCAUCUCCUGAUGGUACUUUAGGUGAGCCUAGAAGAAAGAAAAUCAGAGAGAUCUGUGAAAUUUGUCAGGAAAUAGGGAAAAAGCUCCAAAUGUUUAUGGAUAAAGAAAAGUCUAACUCAAAUAUGCUCAUCGACAUGCUUGAAGAUACCAAUAAAUGUAUAGAAAGAGGAAGAGCUAUCUGCACUGAGUACAAUUACGACUACGAAUAUGAAUCACCUUCCCUCCUAGUCUAA